UUUAAACACCUAGUGAGUGGUGUAUAACACUUGGAUGUUGAUUCUAAUUGGCGGAGAAAUCAAGAGAGUUGUGAGUCGGCUUUGGCCUCUUCAUUCCCCUGCCGUAACCGCUCCACGCCACUCCGAUCCAGCCAACUUAGCUCUUUCCGGUACGAUGUAGAAGAAGGGGAGGGGAAAACGAAUACUCGGUCGAAAUAUCUGCAAUUUGAAGCAGAAGAGAAGCUCCGAUGAGGCAGAUAAAUGCAGACGACAUUAGAAAAUAAGCAGCUUUAGAGGGCGAGAUUUGUUUGAGGCAUAUAUUUUGCUAUACUCUGUCAUCACAGAGAAAAAAAGUGCUGUCUGUCAAGAGCCACAAGUGUAGCAUGCAAUGCUUUGUUUUGUCAGCUACAUUAGUUUUUUGUUAAGGUUUUCACAAUGCCUGACACAAAUUCAAUCACUGAUAGUGGAAGUCAUCCAGCAGCUAAGAGAAGCCUUCCUUCUUGGAUGAGCUCUAAUGAAAACAGGAGCAAAUCCCAAAAGAAGCGGAAUGAUGCUACUGAAAUAAUGCCAAAAAGUGAUAAGGAGAACUACACUGCUAUUUCAUACGAUGAUAGGCAAAAUAACUUGGAGUUUUCAAAACUCCUGGAAGGGGUGGUUUUUGUUUUAUCUGGCUUUGUUAACCCAGAGCGAAGCACAUUAAGAGCACAAGCAGCGGAAAUGGGAGCAGAGUAUCAACCGGACUGGACCUCAGGUUGUACCCUUCUUAUAUGCGCAUUUCCGAACACUCCUAAAUUUAGGCAAGUAGAGAACGAUCAAGGUACUAUUGUCUCAAAGGAAUGGAUAUUCGAGUGCUAUAACCACAAAAAGCUUGUUGACAUUGAGCGCUACCUCAUGCAUGUUGGAAAACCAUGGAGAAGAUAUACUGAGCAAAAUCAGCCUAAUAAAGUUCAGGGAAAUGUCUUAUCUGCAGAGCCUAUAAAAAGAGCUGAAAAGAGUUCAUUGACGGUGACUGGUUCUCAAUCUUCCGAGGGUGGAUUACCCCGUUCUAGCAACAAUCUUGUCCUACCUUCCAAAAUUAAAGAAUGGGCUGCUGAUGAUCUGAGUAAGACAAUUUCAUGGUUAGAAAGUCGAGAUGAGAAGCCAGAGGCCAAGAAGAUUAAGCUUAUUGCUGCAGAAGGAAUUAUGACUUGCUUGCAGGAUGCUAUAGACUCUCUCAAACAAAAUAAAAACAUCAAAACUGUGACAGAGCAGUGGAUGUUCGUCCCUCAUAUUGUCACAUACCUAGCAGAACUUGAGGGCAGUAACCUUCCAAAGAGAGAGCUCCAUGAACUGGCUGAUUCAUGCAAAAAGAUUUACAAGAGCGAGUUCAAACAACUAAACAGUUCUGCAAAAUUCGAAAAGUAUAAAAAUGAAGGUGGUGAGGAAUACAGUGAUGAAACAGAUGAUGAAGGGUUUGACAGCGAUCGGACAAUAGAAAUGACCGAAGAAGAAAUAGAGUUUGCCUGCAAACAAAUUGGUUGCCAGUAAAUGCUGUUUAGCUGAUUAUGUUGGAAACUUAUUUCUCUGUAACAUAUCUGCCUACCAUUUGAGUUUUGCAUUUUGUGUAAUGUAAUGAUGCACUUGAUUUGAAGUUCAAGUGUAUUAACCUUUUUUAUU